CAACUAUCAAACUAUUGAAACCACUAUUCAGUCGACCAGACACUUUUGAACAGAUGUCUGAAGAUGCUGUUGGAAAUUUAAAGACAACGGUUGUAAAGCCUAUAGUUUAUGGAAAUGUUUCACGUUAUCUAGGCAAAAAGCGUGAAGAAGAUGGACGAACCCAUCAAUGGACUGCGUUUCUCCGACCGUACAAUACAAGCGAAGACUUGUCAACAUUUAUCAGAAAAGUUCAGUUUAAAUUGCAUGAAAGUUAUUCAAAUCCCAUACGCAUUGUUAACAAACCACCGUUUGAGCUUACGGAAACUGGCUGGGGAGAGUUCGACAUUACGAUGAAAGUUAUGUUCACUGAUCCCAAUGAGAAGCCUUUGAUAAUAACUCAUCUCAUUAAGUUGUUUCAUUGUGACCAUGAAAUAAUGAUGGGUCAUAAAAGCCUAGUCAGGGAGAUCUAUGACGAAAUGGUUUUUGUUGAUCCUUCUCCAUCCUUUUAUCGGGCAUUGAUGAGCAGAUCUCAAAUUCCUCCAAACGUACCAACAAUCGCACACGAAACUGAUUUUAAAGAAACAAAGCGCCAAGCCUUAUGUUCUAUACAAGAACUAAAUAAAAAAGUUACUGAGGCGAUUGAAGUCUAUAAAAAGCAGCUUAUUUCAAGGAAAGGAAUUAUUGAAGAAGUUAAGUCCAUCGUGAACGAGGUAGAUUCUGCGACCGUUGGGACUAUCUUUCAGUAAAUGUUAAUACGUAGAUAUGUACAUAUGAUUUUUUAUUGAUAGCUAACAUAAUGCCCUUUCAAGAUACAAAAUACAUUUUGAAAUGGCAUUCCAAAUAAUUUCCAUGUUGUAACUUACAUCUUUUAUAUAUUUCAGGGACCCAUAAAAU